AUGGCUUCAGGGGAUGCCGCCUUUGACCAGGCGAAACAGGAGGGCGAUGCUGCCAUCCAAAGGCAAGACUUCAAGCAGGCUGAGCAAUGCUACACUGAGGCCCUAAAGUUUAGGCCGAAGGGGUCGGAGGCUGCUGUGCUCUGCAACCGCGCCCUUGCACGACUCCGGCUAGAGUGCUGGCAAGCAGCAGCAGAAGACGCCACUGAAGCACUUCAGUCACUGCAGCAGUCGCUUCGGCAGGGAACACUGGAAGAGUCACUCGAAGAGAAGUUGAGGAUCAAGGCCCUCUUCCGCCGUGGCCUUGCCAGGGAGGCGAUGGGUCAGCUGCAGGCAGCCAGCGAUGACCUCAAUGCGGCACUGAAAGCCGCACCUGGCAACGCUUCCAUCUUGGAAUCUGCCCGCCGCAUUUACAGCAGGCUGCCUCGGCAGGCUUGCAAGUGGGUGCCUGGGCAGCCAUUCCACAGCUCAGCUGUGGAAGUGUUGGCCAGAGCUGUGGAGUACGACGUGGGCGGGAACUUGGCCAAGAUUUACUGCAAGUUUGCCGAGGACUAUGUGGGCCCUUUCAUCACCUACAACGCUGAUGCUUCUAUCAGCCUGCGAGAGACCUGCCUCUACAAGGAGGGCCGUGUGGUCAGCAAACUCAAGUCGGACAUUCCGGACGACUUUGUGGCGAAUGUGCUUCGCACGUUAGUCGUCCCGAUCAAGAAAGCUUUGGACAUGGGCUUGGCACCAAACGAGGAGGAGCGCGCAGGAUGCGACACACCGUAA